CAGGGGCAGAGGCGCACAUGGAGCACACGGCCACAAGUCCCCUGACAAGGCCAGCAUUACAGUGCACUGGCUUGGGCAAUGCCAGCAUCCUAUGGGCCGCAGGUUCAAGUCCCAGCUGCUCCAGUGCCGGUCCAGCUCCCUGCUAAUGCACCUGGGGGGAGGGAGGAAGCAGACUGCAUUGUUUAGCCUCAGAAUAUCAAGGCCACCUGCAGCCCACCAGAUUCCGACAUUCAUUAUCCAGAGAUGGUAGGCGGCCGCUGCGUCUUCCCGUUCCGGUACCAGGGGCAGGUGUUCCAUGAUUGCACUCAGCUCAACGCCCGGCACAAGUGGUGCUCCCUGAACCAGAGCUACACCGGCUACUGGAAGUACUGCACCACAGCCGACUUCGCCAAGUGCGUGUUCCCUUUCUGGUUCCGGCGCAUGAUCUACUGGGAGUGUACAGAUGACGGUAAUGACUUUGGGAAGAAGUGGUGCUCGCUGACCCAGGACUUCAACCGGGACCAGAUCUGGAAAUUCUGCUGAGGCACACAAGAGGAAUCCGUCCUCCCAGCUGGGCAGGGCCAUCUGCUACGGCUCAGAGGGCUUUUCCU